AUGUCGAUGCAAUAUCCAGGGUUCUAUGUCCCAGCUGUUGGAAAACUAGCCUGGGCUAAUCUAGUACUCUGGGAAGGGCCUGUUUUCAAGCACCAUACAGACGAAGGGCCAACAGGCGGAUACCUGCCUGACUACCGCAUCGGCUUGGUCAUCCUGAUGCUGCUGAUCAUAAUAGGAGCCAGUCACUUUCUUCUACGGAUAUUGGAUGGCCCUUCAGAACUCAAACCAGCUCAAAGUUCCUUUGAGCCAGACGGUCCUACUUUUGAUUUCCAUGCAAUGUGGAAGGUCCUCUCUCGACGUAUUCCUCAUAGCAUGCCGUUGAUGCAGGCCAUCGGCGUUGGCAGUCUUCAGGACUUUCCUAGUGUGCAGCUAUUUGUCUUGGUGACUUGCGGAUCUGUUUUCAUUAGCUUUCAUCUAGCUUCGAAGAAAGACAAGCGAAUAGCAUCCUCAUCAACAUUUUAUCUGUCGCUCAUACGAUUAAUGGCUGUAUUACCGAUGGUUGUCUUUGUCUUGCCAACUACCUCGGCCGCCAAACAGUGGACUGGCUACGCCAUAUUGAGUCUUCAUGGAGUGGUCAUUUCGGUGGGAUAUUCAACCAAAUCAUUUUGGAAGUUGUAUAAGACACUAUCCAAAAGGUCAGUCACGGAGCCCGCAAAUGUAUUUCAUCUUGAGCCCAGUUCGUCUCUAUCAUCAAGCAACCUACUUGAGCAUUCUCGGGCCCAUAGUAGGGAGCCUUCGUGGCAAGAUCAUCAGCAGAAUCCUUCGUCUUUUUACCGCCCACCGCGGUCACCAAGUAUUGCCCCUAGUCUUCAAACCUUUCGACCCGCUCCAAGUCUGGGGACUGUGAAAGGAAAACUUCCAGCGAAACAUCCAGGGGAAGGGAAGUUCGACAUGAGCUCAGAUCUUUCAAAAGUCCCGCCAAAUCCUGGUGUUGAUUACUCCUUUCGUGAAGCCGACAGGUUCUACGGUAUAGCUGAGGACAGUCUUCUCUACCCCGACUUCAACCCCUACCUCGAAUUCGACUUCAGGCCUAUCGUCAGAAACACCCAGUCCUGCGAGUGA